AUGUGGACGUCAAAGAACGCUCGGCGUCAAGGCCGUAGGGAACAGUAUCGGUUUGUGGCUGUCAGCGAACGGGUCGCAAAAUUUCGGGGUAACCGCUCGGACAGCCUGAUCCCGCCAGCCCAGGAAGCGUUUGGCCAGCCGUAAACGGAACCCUUCUCCCCGGGUGAAUCGAGCCGUGGUGCAGAACGCUUGAAGUGUUCGUGUCUUGUUUUUGUUUGCCAAUUCCGGUCACGUCCUGGCAAGCGCGGUUCCGUGGACGGGCAGCGAAUAUGUAAUAACCUCGCCCCGUGUUGUGCAGCAGCAGCAGCGGCAGCAUCACCCCCGUACACAUCGUUUGCGCCUUCGCCCCGCGGGUACGGCGGCAUGACGUUUCCGCUGAAGUUUAGCGCCAAAAAGGCGCAGGAGUUGCUGUUACCGUCCGCACCGGGCAAGAAGCAGCCACCGCACGUGCGCUGGUACGUGGCGGCGGGGGCGAUGGUGCUGCUCCUGCUCGCGCUCCUAUUGCUCGGCGGGCUCGGGGGCCACGGGGAAGCCGGCGCCGAACGGGUGUCGCUCGAUCUGGCCGACAUACCGCCGGUGGUGCUGGACAAGGAGGCGGAGCUGGCCCGGGCCCGCAACCGGAACUGCACCUACUGGGACUGCUUCAACGUGUACCGGUGCGGGCAGCGGGCACCGACGCUCGACGAUGGCGGCGGCGGUGGCGACGGGGAGAUGGACGCCGAGCGCAUCUCGAUCUACGUCUACCCGCUGAAGGAGUACCUCGAUGCGGACAGCAGGCGGCCGGCCGGGCAGCUGUCGCGCGAGUUCUACCGGAUCGUGCAGACGGUCGUCGACAGCCCGUACUACACGGCGAACCCGAACGAGGCGUGCCUGUUUCUGCCGACGCUCGACACGCUCAACCAGAACCGGAUCGACACGACGCUGGUCGGGAAGGCGCUUGCCUCGCUGCCGUACUGGGAGAAUGGCGAGAAUCAUCUGAUCUUCAACUUCCUGCCCGGCACCCGGCCCGACUACAGCACGGUGCUGGACGUGAACACGGACCGUGCCAUCAUCGUCGGGGCCGGCUUCGACAGCUGGACGUACCGGACCGAGUUCGACGUGUCCGUGCCGGUGUACAGUGCCGCGCUGGAGGAGUACCGCUGGCCGGAGCGGCCGGUCGACCGCACCGUGCUGCUCGUGGCCGCCCAGCUCAACCUGUUCCCGCGCCAGUUUCGCAUCCUGCAGGAGCUCACCUACGACUACCCGAACGAGCUGCUGCUGCUGCAGCGCUGUCCCACCACCACGGCGAAGGUGGACGAGCUGGCGGAUCUCGUCGCGGGCGGGCAGCAGGCGGACGAGGCGCAUCGGCCACCGGCCGGCAGCACCGAGGACGUCCGGUGCAGCUUCCCGCACGGGAACGAGCACGAGUACCCGGCGCUACUGGCGACCGGCACGUUCUGCCUGGUGGCACGGGGCGUCCGGCUCGGCCAGCCCGCCCUGCUCGAAGCGAUGGCCGCCGGCUGCAUCCCGGUCGUGAUGGCGGACAACUACGUGCUGCCGUUCGCCGACCUGCUCGACUGGGAGCUGCUGGCGGUCCGGCUGCCCGAAGCGAACCUGCACACGAUCGUGCCAGUGCUGCGGGCCAUCUCGGCCGAGCGGGUCGCGGAAAUGCAGGCCCAGAUCCGGUCCGUCUACCGGCGCUACUUCGCCAGCCUCGACCGGAUCGUGCUGACCGUGCUGGAGCAGCUGAACGAUCGCAUCUUUCCGCACCGGAGCCGCACCUACCUGCACUGGAACGUGGGGCCGGAGGCGGGCGUCACGCAGAACCCGCUCUUCCUGCCGCUGAUCGCACCGAAGGCGCAGGGCUUCACCGCCGUCAUCCUCACGUACGAUCGGCUCGAGAGCCUGUACAUACUGAUCCAGAAGCUCGCGACCGUGCCGUCCCUGCAGAAGAUGCUGGUCGUGUGGAACAACCAGCGGAAGGCGCCCCCGCACCCGUCCCUCUUUCCCAAGAUCGGCAAGCCGCUCAAGAUCAUCCAGACGGCGGCGAACCGGCUGUCGAACCGGUUCUACCCGUACGAGGAGAUCGAAACCGAGGCCAUCCUCACGAUCGACGACGACAUCGUGAUGCUGACGGCGGACGAGCUCGACUUCGGGUACGAGGUGUGGCGCGAGUACCCGGACCGGAUCGUCGGCUUCCCGAGCCGGACGCACGUGUGGGACAACGCGACCGGCCGGUGGCGGUACGAGUCCGAGUGGACGAACCAGAUCUCGAUGGUGCUGACCGGGGCCGCCUUUCACCACAAGUACUGGAGCUACCUGUACACGCACGCGAUGCCGGGCAACAUUAAGGAGUGGGUGGACGAGCACAUGAACUGCGAGGACAUUGCGAUGAACUUCCUGGUGAGCAACGUGACGAACAAGCCGCCGAUCAAGGUGGCGCCGCGCAAAAAGUUCAAAUGCCCCGAGUGCACCAACAACGAGAUGCUGUCCGCCGACCUGAACCACAUGACCGAGCGGACCGCCUGCAUCAACCGGUUCGCGGAGAUCUACGGCACCAUGCCGCUGCGCACGGUCGAGUUCCGGGCGGAUCCGGUCCUGUUCAAGGACAACUUCCCGGAAAAGCUGAAGCGCUUCAACGACAUCGGCAGCCUUUAAACAUUUCCAUCGGGUUGGGACAAGGGCGCGUGUGCAAUACGGGAACACGGCGGAAGCGUGCACGCCACCUCGAUACGCCAUAUUGGAAGAUAGUAUUAGCGUUGCGUUAUUUGUUACAUGUACAUGAUCCGGCCGCGUAACACUGCAUACGAAGCCCACGAAGAACGGGCCGUUGGACGGUUACGCUAAAUAGAAGUUAUGAUGGCAGCAUGCGGGGGCGUACGCGUACGUGUACAGCAGUGACGGGAAAGUGACUUAUCAUUUUUAAAACAUCGAGUCAGUAUCUUUAGCACAUAGCCAGGUAGCGCUUAAGGUGGGAAGAUUUAAAAUAUCAAACUUCUGCUAUUCUGUUGCCCGACUCGAGAGACACCUCGAUAGCAAGAAUAGAGCAAGCCUGUAUGCCGUUACUGGCGUUAACGAUGAACUAGCUUAGAAGUGUCCGGAUGCGGGGUACCGGGUUUUCGCCCGGAGUCCGGCACCCGGCACACCAAUCGUAAAACACGUUUAACAUAGACCCAAAGUCAAAGAGAGUAUGGUAAGAGCGGUUUAGAGCAGGGACACACUCACCUAGAAUAGAACGCGACUGUUCAACCAAUGCGUAUAGCAAACGUACGUAAGAAUAGUGCAAAUAGCAAGAGAGGCAAAUACUAGUAACGUUUGUUUUUUUUUUUUAAAUGCGAAAUGCUCAACUAACCUGCCGGGAUGGUUUUCUGCAUACCGAUACUUUGUUAAGCCACCACCACCCGGAUAUACUCAGCCGUUUGCGUUAAGGUUGGAGAGUCACUUUCGAUAAUUCGAGAUUUAUUCGGCACGGUACGGCCCGGCCUGUGCGCUAAGCUUACCCGGGAAACCCUAUGCAACGAAUCCGUUAUUUCACCUUUCAACCCCUUGUAACUAUAAGACCGUUUAGGGCAGCUUUCGAUAAACACACGUUUAUUCUGGGUUAUUCUCAUUGUUUUUUUUUUUUUUUUGAAAUCUUUUGAGUAAUACAAUUUCCUCCCGGCCUGAACGUCCCAGUGAAGGUCCCAGACGUGGAUGAGAACCCCAGGUGUGCGUUGGGAGUUCGUGCAGAGAUUGUGGAGGCGAUGCUUUGUUGUACAUGAGAUUUGAGAGAAACGGGGCCGGUUCAACUCACCCAGCUCCCGUCGGCCAUUGAUCGAACGCAAUCGAUCGCUUAUUAUUAGGGCUCAUCAUUCUGUACAGAAUAUGGUAGCACAUAAAGCAUAGCUGUAAUUAUAUACCUUAUAUCCACCAAAUAAAAUGGACGUCCUCUGUAA